AUGAAUAUCAUCUCUUGGAAUGCUCGGGGCUUGAGCAAUCCGAGAGCAUUCCGUCAAUUGCGUUUGCUCAUAUCUCAAAAAAAACCUGAUGUAAUUUUUAUUAUGGAAACUAAGCUUAGUGUAGGUUCUAUUUCUAAAUUUCGCAAUGCAUUUAAAUUUCCUAAUGGUAUAGAGGUUCCUAGAAUAGGUCUUAGUGGUGGUUUGCUUUUUCUUUGGAAUUCUAAUGUAAAUGUAACUAUUAUAAAUUAUGGAAGGCACUUUGUUGAUUGUUAUAUAGCUCUUCUUGAUGGGCCUACUUGUCACUUCUCUGGUUUUUACGGAUCUCCUGUUGUUGCACAAAGAAAAUUCACUUGGGAACUUUUAAAGAAGCUCAAAGACUCGGCCCCUUUACUGCCUUGGCUUGUCAUGGGAGACUUUAAUGAGAUUAUUUCCCACACAGAUAAAUUAGGAGGCCCCAUAAAAAAUGAUUCUCAAAUUGAUGAUUUCCGAAAUACCAUUGAUGCAAGUGGAUUACAAGAAUUGAUAUUUGAGGGUGAGAGAUUUACUUGGCACAACAACAAUACUUGUGGUUCCAAUGUGAAGGAACGAUUGGAUUAUGGAUUCAUUAACUCUCCUUGGAUUCAGGUCUUUAAGGUUCCAAUUAUUUCCCAUCUUGAUUUUUUUCAGUCCGAUCACAGGGCCACAAUGGUUACUGCUCAGCCUCUUUCGUCCAUUCCUGCACAGAAAUUCAAAUCUAGAUUUAGAUUUGAAAGGCUAUGGCUCCAUGAAGAUGAUUGUUCUACCAUUAUUGCAAAUAACUGGCAUUCUUCUUUGGCAAACCCGACUUCACAACUGCUGCAAAAUCUUGCAGAUUGUGCCACCAACUUACAAUCUUGGCAUAGAGCUAAAUUUGGAGACUUACCAAAAAAGAUCAAGAUCUCUCAAGACAAAGUUGCUGCCCUUCACAACUCAUAUGACACUAGUAGAUCUCAUUUUGAAGAACUCAAAUCAAGUGAACACAUCCUUGACGAAUUACUUUCCCAAGAAGAAGAAUAUUGGCAACAACGAUCAAGAACUUCAUGGCUAAAAUCGGGUGAUUCCAACACCAAAUUCUUUCACCAAAAAGCUAAUACUAGGAAGAACACCAACAGAAUCAAAGAACUUCUCGAUGACCAAGGUGUUUUACAUACCACACAGCAGGGAAUUGGUUCGAUUGUUGAGAAUUAUUUUCAAAACAUUUUCUCUACUGCUGGUUUUGAUGCUGAAGCAGUACAGUAUGUGUUAAACAAAGUGCCGUGCACCAUAUCAGAUGAGAUUAACAGAUUGCUGCUGGUUCCAUAUACUCGUGAGGAUGUUUUUAAUGCUCUAUCUUCUAUGAGUGAUGAUAGCAGCCCUGGGCUUGACGGAAUGUCGGUUAUGUUCUACAUUAAUUAUUGGCAUAUUGUGGGUGACUUGGUGUCUCAAACUGUCCUUCAAGUGCUGAAUAAUGGUGCGGAUCCUUCUUGUUUCAACCAAACUCUAAUCACUUUGAUCCCUAAAGUUAAGAAGCCGAACUCAAUGUCCCAGCUACGUCCCAUCAGCCUUUGUAAUGUGCUAUACAAAUUAGUCUCUAAAGCAAUUGUGAUUCGAAUAAAACCUUAUCUGUCAAUGGUUAUAUCCGAAUCUCAAAGUGCUUUCCUCCAAUCAAGGCUCAUUACGGAUAACGUUUUGGUUGCUUUUGAACUCCUCCACUCCUUAAAACACUUAAAGAGAGGCAAGGAAGGAUAUGCAGCCAUUAAGCUUGACAUGAGCAAAGCCUUUGAUAGAGUAGAAUGGCAUUUUGUUCAUAGCAUGAUGAUUACAAUGGGGUUUGCUCCAGCAAUUGCAGAUCUCAUUUACCGAUGUAUCAGCACGGUCUCAUAUUCUUUUUCGGUCAAUGGUUCUGCACGUGGCCACCUAAUUCCAACCCGAGGUAUACGACAAGGAGAUCCUUUGUCCCCCUUCUUAUUCAUCAUAUGCGCGGAAGGACUCUCGAGACUUUUUCAAUUUGAAGAGCAAGGUGGUAAUUUACAUGGUCUUAGUAUUGCAAGAGGUGCUCCGAGUGUAUCUCAUUUAUUCUUCGCUGAUGAUAGCCUUGUUCUCUGCCGUGCUAAUCACAAAUCUGCCAUGGCUAUCAAGCGAUCACUUGCUUAUUAUUGCAGAGCCUCGGGGCAAAGUCUCAAUAUUGACAAGUCGGUUCUCUCAUUUUCUCUGAAUACUCUUCCUGCUAUUCAGCAACAUAUACAACAGGUUCUUCAAAUGGAAAUCAAACCUUGUCAUGAGCGUUAUCUAGGCUUACCUUCAUAUUCAGGAAGAGAUAAAAAAAUACUUUUUGGAGAAAUUAAGGAUAAGCUUUGGAAUUUAUUAUCAGCUUGGCAAGAGAAGCUCUUCUCCAUUGGCGGCAAAGAAGUUUUGCUCAAAGCGGUGGCACAAUCCAUCCCAACUUACGCUAUGAGCUGUUUUAAACUAUCCAAAUCUCUUAUUGGUCAGAUUGAAACCAUGUGCAACAAAUUUUGGUGGGGCUCUAACUCCUCCUCUUCGGGUAUAAAUUGGAAAACAUGGAAAGCUUUAACACAAUCAAAGGUUCAAGGAGGUAUGGGUUUUAAGAGUUUUGUUCAUUUUAAUCAAGCUUUAUUGGCAAAGCAAGCUUGGUUAAUUUUCUCAAAUCCCAAUUCACUUCUAUCCCGUAUACUCAAACCUCGAUAUUUUAAGCAUAAUUCCUUUCUUGAUGCUACUUUGGGUUCUUACCCAUCUUUAACUUGGAGGGGAAUUAUUUGGGGUAAAGAACUUCUUCAAAAAGGGCUUCGCUGGAAGGUCGGUAAUGGUGAAAACAUUUGUUGUGCAUCAAGUCCUUGGCUACCUGGAAUCACUUCUUUUAAGCCGUUGGUUUUUAAUGGGACAAAUAUCAAUAUGAAGGUUGCUGAUCUUAUAAAUACUGAUCGACAAUGGGACCAUGACAAGCUUUCAUUGCUCUUUCUUGAAUCGGAUGUCACCAAAAUUAUCAGCUUGCCAUUAACACUUACUUCUCAGCAAGAUCAACUCAUAUGGCAUCAUGAUUCUCAUGGGUUCUAUACGGUUAAAUCGGGGUACAAACUUGCUACAGAUUUGGAAGAACAACAACCGAAUGGCAGCAGUAUUCAAGCUCAACAAUGGUGGCAAAAGUUUUGGAAAAUGAGAGUACCAUCAAAGAUUAGAAUUUUCUUAUGGCGUGCUAUUCAUGAUUGUCUCCCAGUUGCGGAUAUCCUUCACUAUCGACACAUUUCGGAUGACGAUCGCUGCUCUUUGUGUGACAGAACGAAAGAAACCAUCACUCAUGCUCUUUUUUUCUGCAAAAGGGCCAAAAAAGUUUGGCAAAAUUCAGCUUUUAAUAUUGCUGAUCUGCUUCCCCCAGGAAUGAAAUUGAUGGAAUUUUUUCUUCAUAUUUCACCUUGCUGGUCUUCUUUGCAGCUUGAACAAUUUGCUACUAUUUUAUGGAGCAUUUGGACAGAAAGGAAUAAAGAGAAACAUGGCACGAAACCAAAACCAUAUGAUGUUCUUCUUUAUUUUGCACUCUCGUAUUUGGAUGAUUAUCACGCUGCUACACAACCAUCAGCACCUACGGCAUCAACAAUUUCUGCUGCUCUUUCUACAGCAGGGAAUUCGGCAGUUGCUUGGAUCAAUCCUCCUUCGGGUCGCCUGAAACUGAACACAGACGCUGCUAUCAACGCAAGGAAUCAAAUGUCUGGGUUUGGUGCUGUUCUCAGAAAUAGCUCUGGUGACAUUAUUGCUGCAAUGUCUUGCCCCUUCAAAGGCUGUUUUAAACCCGACGUUAUGGAAGCUUUAGCUCUUAUGCAUAGUCUACAGUGGAUCAAAGACCUUCAACUACCAGUGCACUUCAUUGAGACGGAUUCUUUGGCAGUGGUUAAAGGUUUAUUAUCUUCGCAGGAGCUAGUUUCUGAUUUCCAUAGUUUGCUUAAUGACAUUUCCCUUUUAGUUUCCAACUUCCCUGGAGCUCAGGUCUCUCAUAUUUAUCGAUCUGCUAAUAAUGCCGCUCACUUGCUGGCUAGAUAUGCUCUUUCGGCGGGAACUAAAUGUUCAUGGUUGGAGGAAGUUCCUCCGCCAAUUAUGCCUAUUGUAUUUUAA